UCUGGCUCAGCUGCCGGUGAAAGGGCAAGUGUGGCUGAGAGCCGCAGGAGUGUGUCCAUACAAGUGUGUGUGUGUGUGUGUGUGCAGGAACGACGGGAUGACAAGUGGUGUGCGCGUGUGCGCGUGUGAGCCGCGCGCGCACACAAUCGCGGACUUUUGCAGCUGUGCCGCCGCCGAGGGGAAGAGCUGCUGAAAAGCUACAGAUUAGGAUGAAACUGUGUGUGGAUUUGAAGGCGUCUGGAUUAAAACUUCUCUGGAUUUUAAAGACGCGGACGAACCCUGGGAAAAAAAGGGAAACUGAGAAUCAUGGCAGCACCAGUAACUUGGUCAACCCUGACAAACCAAACACGUCCAGAGAACAUCUCAGGUUCUUCAGAGAACUCGGACUACGCUGAUCCAGACGUUGUUCUGCUGGGCGUAGCGAUGGCCAUCCUGGUCCUAGCUAUAGUUUUUGGAAACGUCCUGGUGAUCACGGCCAUCCUGCGGUUCCAGCGGCUGCAGACGGUCACUAACCUCUUCAUCGCCUCUCUGGCCGUGGCUGACCUCAUCAUGGGUCUGGUGGUGGUUCCGUUCGGCUCCAGCUACAUUCUGCUGAAGCGCUGGCAGUUUGGGAAUUUCAUGUGUGAGUUCUGGACGGCGACGGACGUGCUGUGUGUGACGGCCAGCAUCGAAACACUGUGUGUGAUCGCUCUGGACCGCUACCUCGCCAUCACCAGGCCACUGCGCUACCCAAUGCUACUGACCAGGGGUCGGGCCUUGGCGGUGAUCCUGUGCGUGUGGGCCGUGGCCUCCCUCAUCUCCUUCCUGCCCAUCCACCUGAAGCUGUGGGUGUCAGACGGGGAGUCGGCGCAGCUGUGCCUGGCCGACAAGAACUGCUGUGAAUUCACCACCAACAUGGUGUACGCCGUGACCUCCUCCAUCAUCUCCUUCUACCUGCCGCUGGUGGUGAUGAUCUUCGUCUACAGCCGGGUCUUCAAGGAGGCCCAGAAACACCUGGAGAAGAUCCGGGGCAGGGAGAAACAUUUCAAUCACCUGCAGUACGCCGCGGCCGCGGCUUAUCCGGACGACAGCCCUGCCCUGAACAAGCUCAGGGCCAGGACAGACGCUGGAGAGCAGUCGGAGCAGGACAGUCUCAACAUGGAGAAACCAGAAGGUUUGGACACCAGUAACGAGGAGAGUGGGGGAGAGAGCAGGGUAAGGGCGGAGAAGGUGGAGGUAAAACAUUCAGCAGCCAAACGCCUGAAGCUCUGUCUGAAGGAGCACAAGGCGGUGAAAACCCUGGGGAUUAUCAUGGGCACGUUCACGCUGUGUUGGCUGCCCUUCUUCAUCCUCAACAUCCUCAUGGCCUUCCUCCAGCUGGGAGACAUCAAGCUGAUCUUCAGACUCCUCAACUGGCUGGGCUACUCCAACUCCGCCUUCAACCCGCUCAUCUACUGCCGCAGCGCGGACUUCAGAUACGCCUUUCAGGAGAUACUGUGCCUGGGGGGGAGGAGGGGGGGCCGGCAGGGCAGGGACGGGUGGCGGUGCUGCAGAGUGAUGGACUGUUUCUCCAAACUGUGUGGCAGGAAGGAUGAUAACGGCGUCAGAGGAAGAGCUGCUCACCACAGACCCCGGUACGGGGACAGUCUGGAGGGAUCGAUUCAGGACAGUCCUCUUAUCGGAGCUGGUAGAACCGCAGGUGGUCACAUGGUAGAAGUCGCUCCCGGUUCUCAGAUGAGGAGAUCGGCUAACGGAAGCUGUAAGGAACAUCAGGCGUCUGUUGUUUGACCUGACUGGGUGUUAGGAUUUCAAAUCUCUGCUCAAAAUAUUCUAACAAGUGCUAUACAACAUGGACGUGUUGAAUGUUUGAUUAAUAACACUAGUGAUGGUCUUUGUGGUCUCUGUUGUAGGUUACAGGUCCGUUCAUGUGAAGUAAAAUCACCGGAACCACAAACGAGUGUUCUGCUAAGACUGAAGGUUCCUUUAGUAUGAAUUUCACCUAAAACAAACUACAGAAGCCUCUCUACAUGUGUCUGUCUUAUGAUAAAGAUACCGAAUAUCUUGGCAGUGGCUCAUGUUGCGCAGCACUUGUCAUCAUAUUUUCAGAUUUGUCAAGGACGAAUAAAUAAAAGAAAAUCACUCAGAGAACGUAGAAA